AUGUCUGAGCAGAGUCAAAAGAUAAGUUAUCCAAAUGCAAUCAAGAAAAGAGUAGACGGCGAUUGAAACUGUCCCAACUGUUCCAAUUUGAACUUUUCUUUCAGAAGUACCUGCAAUAGAUGUGGUUAUACAGAAAAGACGGAUGAUCCUGAAAAAAGUACAGCGCAUUUUUUUUUUCAUGACCUUUUUUACAGUUAAAAAUGACGGUAUUUUUAUUAUGAAAAAAUACGCUGUUCUUUUUUUAUGAUUACCCAGAGAAAGCUAAUGCCAACAUUCAAUGCUUUUCUCUACAUGAGUGCUCCUUCUUUAGAAGAAACCUCAGCUAUAUCAUGCGACGCUGAAAAUCCUCCGCCAAGACUAGAUUUUUCUCAAUUGCCUUCAAUUUCUCCCUUUCUAAGAGAAAAGUGCCUACAAGCUAGAAUUGAGAUUAAUCCUGUAACAAAGCGCUGCUUGAAAUUUGACAAUGAAGUUGCAAAAGAAGACAAAUCAAAUGAAAACACUCCAAAUCCCAAGCCAAAAACCAAAACAAAAGCGAAAAAGCACAAAAAAUCUGGCUCGUUGACUGUUCAUAUUAAAAAGCCUGCUAGAGAAAAAGAGGGGGAUUGAAUUUGCCUUAAAUGCAAUAACUGGAAUUUCGCGUUUCGCUCAGAAUGCAAUAUAUGUAAAGAAUCAAAAGAAAAGUAA